AUGCUAAUAAUUAACACGGAGCAUUACGUCAGAGGCUUGGCAGCACAAGGAAGCACAAAAAUAGAGAAUGGAGUUGGGGAGCAGAUCGUAUUGCUUAUCCUACCGGAGACGACUGACCGGGGAUCAGGGAAUUUUGUUUUUAGGGAGAAAAAGAUCCAAGAGGUCAAUCUGAACAACGCCUGCCCGUUCUGGACAGACCACAGUCAGUGUGGACUCAAAUACUGUGCUGUGAAACCAUGCACACCGGGUGAAGUACCAGAGGGCCUUAAAUCCAGCAGUUAUAAGUAUUCAGAAGCAGCCAGUCAGGAUAUAGAGGAGUGUGAGAAGGCAGAGAAACUUGGAGCCAUCAAUGGUUCUCUAAGUGAUGAGACACGUCAGGCUCUUCAGGAGUGGAAGAAGCACGAUGAUGAAUCGGACCGUUUCUGCAUGUUGGACGAUGAGGACUCGCCUGAAUCACAGUAUGUCGACCUCCUGCUCAACCCUGAACGUUUCACUGGCUAUAAAGGACCAGAGGCCUGGCGGAUCUGGAACAGCAUCUAUGAGGAGAACUGCUUCAAACCGUAUUCAGUUAAACGACCACUGAAUCCUUUGGCGUCUAACAGCGGAGACGACGGGCAAGGCUUCUACCGCUGGCUAGAAGGCUUGUGUGUGGAGAAACGAGCGUUCUUCAGGCUGAUCUCAGGACUGCAUGCCAGUAUAAACAUACACCUGAGCGCCAGGUACCUACUAGACGAAAACUGGUUCGAAAUGAAGUGGGGUCACAACGUCUCCGAGUUCCAGCUGAGGUUUGACGAGGAGCUGACAGAAGGGGAGGGGCCAAAGAGACUACGCAACCUCUACUACCUGUACCUCAUUGAGCUGCGUGCUCUGGCAAAAAUACUGCCUUAUUUUGAACGUCCUGCCUUCCAUUUGUACACUGGCCAACGCACUCAAGACAACGAGAACAAGAAACUGCUUCUAGAGCUCCUCCAUUUGGCCAAAUCCUUUCCAUUGCAUUUUGAUGAGACUGCUCUGUUUGCUGGAAAUAAUAAGGAAGCUAUGAAACUGAAAGAAGACUUCAAGCUGACUUUUAAGAACAUCUCACGCAUCAUGGACUGUGUUGAGUGUUUUAAAUGCAGACUUUGGGGCAAAUUGCAGACUCAGGGCUUGGGAAGUGCACUGAAAAUCCUGUUCUCAGAAAGGCAAAUCGAGGCAAUGCCCAACACAAGCAACACCAAUCCAUCAUUUCAGCUCAGCCGGCAGGAAAUUGUGUCUUUGUUCAAUGCUUUUGGAAGGAUCUCCACAAGUGUCAGAGAGCUGGAGAACUUUCGGUCGCUGUUGUCAAAUCUCAAACAGUGACAGUAAAAAAAUCCCUCGUUCAGCCACAGUCAAGAAUCUGACAUGCAUAACACAACAGGACAGAUUUGUUUUGGGUUGUUAAAUUACGGUUUUCAGAAUGUUUUAUACCAAUUGUUUCUAGAUACAGUUUAACAGCACUGCACAGUUUUAUCCCUUAAGAAUUGAGCACCUUAGUCACAAAACUGUAUGUUAGGGCUAUAUUUUGCACUAUUACAUGUCUCUUACAAAAAUGUAUUUCACAUGUUAAAUGUAUAAAAAAAACGGAAUAAGUGACCAAAAAUUAACGUAGCUUCUCGGGAAUUAAAUGGAGAUACAUAAAUAUACUUCAAAUGGUUUACAAGAGGGACAUAAACCACUUGAUUUGUGUAUUUUGCAUAUAUAAAGCCAAGUUUUCAUUUCUUUAUAGGUGUAAUAUAUUUUUAAAAAUAUGAGUUAAAUUAAGCGUUGUAGUUUUUGAAUACGUGCCUCAGCACCUAGAU